AUUUAUCUUGCAUGUGUGUCUCUCACAACACUCCCCAUAGUGUCCCCCCUUUCUCCCUCCCAUCUCUUCUCCUGAACCAUCCCUCUGCAGUAGCACUUCAGCAUUAAACCAGCAUGAGAGUCAUCUUUACACACCAGUCUGUUCACUACGCAAGAAACUGGUCUGGUCAUGCUGUGGAUGGGAAACGAUUACAACCUUUUAUGUGGUUGUUAGACACCUUGUAGCAGCAGAUUUGAGUGUUUUUUUAAAUUACUUGGAGAACAUUUUGGAAGCUUAAUAUAGGAGAUUUGUCGGCGAGAAAUAAGCGUGCUGCCACCAGCUAUUCUUCAUUUUAGUGAAUCACUGCGAAGGAAUUUUGUGGAAUAAACAACUUUCCCAAGGAGUUUUAUCUUUCAGCAUGGUAUUUCAUGAGAAGCUUGGUGAGAAAUGGCAAAUUGCAUGCAGAGAAUCUUUUUGACAAACCAAGUGCUUUUUAAUUAACUUUUGUAUCUCAUCAGACUAUAUUUAUCACUAUUUUGGUCGGUCCUGCAGCAUUUUUAUUUAUUAAUUUUUUUAAAUACUUGCUUUUAUCAGCACAUCAACUUUCUGAAAUCUACAGAUCAUUUAUCUGUCUGACGCUGAAUGCGUAACAAGACCCUGGCAACAAGAUGUGGAUUUGGGGAUGUUUUUUACACACGCUGAGCUCCUCGAUGUCUGAUGAUCCUUUGAAGCUGAAACAAUGCUGCACUUUGGGGGGCUAAUGCUCUAGACUCCUGGAUGAAACCUGCAAAAGACAGCAAUAAACAGGGGACGAAAUAACUACACUGUCUUUCACUGCUCUCAAGUGUAAGAGCUGGAAUAUUGAUUAAUGCCAUUUUUACCCAGAGGUCAACCAAAAACAGAGACACUCUUACAAGUCUGGAUAAGCCGGGCAAACGAGUGCCAAUGCUCUUAGUCAUUUUAAGAUGAAGUUAUGGAAGUGUGUCGCCAUCGUCUUGAUGCUCUGUGGUGCUGCACUCUCCGUCUUCCUCUCUAGAAUCCUGCUUUCCUCCAAGGCACAUGUUCUUCCUCACUUCGAGCAUUCAUCUUCCUUAUUAUCAUCAGCAUCAUCAUCAUCAAUGUCUUCAAACAACUCCUCAUCUGGGACUGGGGGGAAGUUUCGGAGGGUCAGAUCAGCAAAUGGGGACAACUCGGUCAUCUCUGAUUUCAUGCAUAUAUUCCAGAGUUUCACGGAGGGAGAGUUGAAGCAGGUCAUCCGCACGCUGGUGCAGAGGAAAGCUCGAAAGGAUGCUAAACUGGGCAAAAGAACUAAGCGGGCCAAGAAGGGUACCAAGCCAUGUUCACUGACAGACAAGGAGGUGACAGUAAGCCAACUCGGCUUGGGCUACGUCAGCGACGAAGUCAUCCUUUUCCGAUACUGCAGUGGCAAAUGCGUGUCCAGUCGCCGCAACUAUGACCUGGCACUGGCGAAGCUGAAGGGUCAGCAUUUGCUGACUCGAGAGAACAUGGACAGGGCUCGGCACAGCCCAUGCUGCCGGCCCACGGCCUACGAAGAGAUUACCUUCCUGGACAACCGCAGCCAGUACCACACCAUCCAUGAGGUUUCUGCACUGAAGUGUGCUUGUGUAUGACAUCAAUUACAUGGAAAAGGCGGAUUCUUCUUUUUCAAGUAAAGGCAUAAGAAGAAGUUCGUAAGAAGUGCAACAAAACGAAUAUAAAAUGGGGAACAUGUCAUGACAGCUCUAGGGAAAAUAAAAAGGAGAGAGACCAAGAUAAAUAUAAGGAGGCUGCAAUUGACAUGUAGAGUAUAGUCUUACAUGUCUGGUCUUAAAACAAACAGAAGAAGCUGUUAAAUUAUGUUUUUCUUUGCCUUUCUGGGAAGAGGUUUUGAAAUAGAAUUAGUCAGUCAGCUAGUAAACUGCAAGAGUAAUCAGAAUUUUAAAUAAUCAAUCAUUUUCUUCUCCACUAAACUUCUCCACUUAUGAGAGCACUCAGAGGAAUCAACCUGAAAAGUCCUACUCUAUAAGAUGAAGAUGUAUUUAAAAUAUACUCAUAAUUGUUGCCCUUACAAGCAAGUCUAAUACCACAUUCCCCAGACCACACACUUAACAAGACUAUGACGCGAGAACAGCAAAAACAACUUGUGUGAAAAGAUGAAAUGAACAGUAAUACUGUAGACACUGGUAAUGAAAGUGGAGUAGAAAUAGAUAUAGACAGAUAUACUGUAAAAAGAGUAGCUCCACCAUUAAGUAACAAUAUGUAACAUUUCGACUUUAAAAUACACUACAUUAAAAGACUGCUUGAUCUUUUGCACAGAGUAGGCAUUAGAAAAAAAAAGAAAAAGAUUGACAUGCAGAGUGAUCACAGGCAACAUUCAGCACUGCUCAUUUAAGUUUUGUGUCACUGGGUAAGAGAGGAUGAAGUCUGUCCCCUGAACUUUGUUAAAGCCUGUGUACCUCAAGACAAAACAAUCCAUCUGUUGGUGUUUUGCAACAUGGUAAAAAAAUAUAGUCAUUUAAUUGCUGACAAUGGAUGGCAAUAUGUUUUACUGUUCAAGUUAUGGCAGCCUGGCAGGUUCUCCUGAACAAAAUGAGAAAGAGCAUGAGAAAUUAUUUAUUGGUGGUCUGUACAAGCUGGAACAGGAACUUAUAAGAAUAUACAGUGACUCUGUCUGACCUCAUGUCUAUCUAUCUAUUUAUCUAUCUAUCUAUCUAUCUAUCUAUGAGACAUCAAUAAGCUUUCUCAAAGCUAAUGCCACGUUGUCAUAUCAGAUGCAAUUUUAACAAUCGAGGCCACAUUCUUCAGAAGAAAUGUUCCAUCGAGGAAACGAUGAAUCAUCAACUUUUGCUUAACUUACAUGCGCUGUGCCGGUCAUAACAUAAUACAAACGCUAUCUCCUUUUCUCAUGAAAAUAAAAGUGCAGCUGCUUAUGCACAUAUAUGGGAUGAAGACCUAACAAAUGGUUAGAAAGAGUUGUUUCAUACCCAGUGCAUGAUUUGAGAAAACCUCAAUAAAAUAUGGGAUAAAAUAUAGGCACUAUUAUGGAAACCAUAAAGUUUUAAAUUCCAAAUCUCAUGUAGAAUUAGAUCUGAUUGUUGUAUUUGACUGCAAAAUCAGUCGAGGAGCAGGUGUCCCGUUAAGACUGUGACAGGAGGAUUGUGUCCGAGAUAGCCUCACCAAAUCCAUUCCAUUUUUGUAAAUCCUAUAACAGACUACUCUAAUCCACUUAGUGCCUUUCGAACAGACUCACACAAACACUGAAUGCUGAAGUGGACAGAACAGUAGGUCAUUUUAUUAUUAAAUAAAUAUUCUACGUACUUAAAGGAGUUAUUUAUUAGCACGUCAUAUUCAUUUGAGUUAAAUGCAUAGUUCCUUCUAUAGUAAAAUCAUUAAAGCAAUGCAUUAGAAUCACAAGAUACCUCUUCUAUCCCUGGGUUUGAAAUACAAGCUAAUUCCAUCCAGAAAUGUCACGACCUCAGGCAGAUCAAUAUUUAGCUGCAGGGAGCGCAAAGCACAUUAGUCUGCACAAGUGCUUUUCACAUAUCUGGGCUGUUUUUAACAUAACAUUUCAAAUAAUCCAAAAAAAAAAAAAAAAAAGUGGCUAAUGAGCAUGUUUUCGUAUUUAACAAAUUCAAUGACCCGUAAUGACUUUUUCUGAACAUCUUGAGUCCAACUAUUUAAUUAAACUCUAAGCAGGCAAGGCAUUGUGCUAAAACCUCCAGGAUAUAACACUGGUGUUUAUAGAUUAUUCCCAAACCUGUGCAUUAAAACAGACUUAAGGAUGCUGGUGGAUUUUGUGCAUGCAGGUAAGCUACAUUGCAGCAUGGCAAAAUAUAACUAAGGCACAGCAAAUAUUGGAACACUACCCAUUCUGACACAUUAUGUUUCACAUUCUUCAAACCAAAAUGUACUAAUUAAACAGUUAUUAUGAACAUAUUAUAAAAAGAAAACAAAAACCAUUACCAGAGCUUUAGCCACUUUGCCCAGGCUUUGUUGGACCCUGUUGACCAACUACAAUAAACAUUGAUGCAAUGCAUCUGUAUAAAGGUUUAUCUAUAUUUAUUACAGAGUAAGUUAUGGUUUAUUUAUUUACAUAGCAUCACAGAAAAAACAGGAGCAUUUAUUUAUUGAAUGUA